UGGAAGGGCCCCUCCUCCUCCAGCCUUCCUCCCUCUCAUCUAACAUCUAACAGCCAUCACAGCUCCCGAACCCUGUGUACAGCGGCUGAUACUUUGUAUCUCACAGAGGAAUGGCUGCGGCACUCAAGGAGAGGUUCGAGAACUUCCUGCAUGAGAAGAAUUUCUUCACCGACCUCCUGGCCAAGAUCGAAGCCAAGACUGGGGUGAACAGGCGCUACCUGGCAUUGGCGAUUGUUGGCAUUGUUGCCAUUUACCUGGUGUUCGGAUAUGGGGCAUCUCUACUUUGCAACUUAAUUGGAUUUGCUUACCCUGCCUAUAUCUCAAUUAAGGCGAUCGAGAGCCCAAAUAAAGACGACGACACACAAUGGCUGACUUAUUGGGUAGUCUACGGGAUCUUCAGCAUCAUUGAAUUCUUCUCUGAUAUAUUUCUGUCCUGGUUCCCUUUCUACUACAUGAUAAAGUGUGGUUUUCUGCUCUGGUGUAUGGCUCCCAGCCCCUCCAACGGAGCCGAACUGAUCUACCACAAGAUCGUCCGCCCAUUUUUCUUAAGACACGAGGGAGAGAUGGAUCGUGUAGUGAAAGAUCUUAAAGACAAAGCAUCUGAAACUGCUGGCACCAUUGGCAAAGAAGUUAAAAAAGCGGCUGUGAACAUGCUGGGUGAUGAGAAGAAAAGCAGUUAAACACGCUUAGUGAAAGAAACCCCUUAUAAGCGUUUAACGUUUUGUAGGGGAUGGUCCUCCGAGUCGUCCUUCCCCUGUCACAGCGGCCUGAUACACAUUGAGGAGCAUUGACUGAAAAAUGCUUUAUUUCAAACCCUGCUGCAUUAUGGGGGAUUAAUAUUGUUGCCUUGGAAACCUGUUUUUUUGAUAUGAAGAGAGAAUGUGUUGAGGCUGUUAUCUAUUUUUGCUGUUGUCUGUAGAGGUGUGGGCGGAGGGGGGGACAUUUUUAUUUAAGAGCAGUCAGCAGAGUCCAAAGCGUAUUCAACACUUUUUAAUCUGUGUGUGAAUCCCUUUUCCAGCGUUUCGUCUUGUACUGCAAUAUGUAGACCUGGUUUAAAAUGAAGUAAAUCUGUUUGUCGUCUCCUGUA